AUGGCCGUACUACGCGCAUGCUCGCCCAUCGCAACGGCCUUACUAGCUCUCCUCCUCUUGCGGAAACCCGUUACAGCAGUGCCGCACAACCACGGGCACAAGCACGUCCACCGACAUGUCUCGUCAGCCAACGAUCUCAUUACGCUCGGUCCUGAGUCGCUGGCACGCCGAGACACACCUGUCAAGCUAGGCGACCAGGAACGCAUGAAAGAGGCCGAGGUCGCAGGAAUGGCGGCAGGUUGUUUCAGCGGCAACUGGCCUCUCGAUGAAAGCGUCCCCAUGCCUAUCGUGGAUCCAGGCGAUCAACUCAACCUCUUCCCUAGACCAGAGAGUAAACCCAACACACUCACCAUGUACAACUACUGCCCCUACGAUCUCUACUUUGAACACUGGAACGCGGGCGGACCGUUCGAAGACAAGGGCGGUUCCAAACUAGCAGCCGGUGCAUCCGUCUCGCGCGGUCUCACAGGUACAGUGAUCAAAGUUUUCAAGUCGAAACCACUAUUAUGGCCUUUUCUCAUCGAGUAUGGCGGUCAAUAUGACAUGAGCUUGAUACACUGCCUGGGCACGACUAACGGAAAUCCCCUGGUUCAUAGCGAGGAUAAAACUCAGACAAUCAUUAAGGAUACGAGUCGUUGCCCUGGACACGAAGCGGGACUACAUCUCAGUCAACCAGAAGGGCGUACUUUCCAGUGCGAGGCAGGUCUUUGGUGCGACGACCAGGCUUACCUAUACGAAGUGAGUUAUUAG